CCGCUGGGGCGGACCGCCGGGCGGGCUUCUCCGGUGCGGCUGCCCGUGCUUCUGACUGACAGGCACUGUUCCCACAGCCCGUGGAGCCCGCCACGUCCCCGGUCUCGGCCGACGGCACAUUGAGGCGGGUGACCUUUCCAAGCCCAGCGCGAUGACGGCUACCUGCUCCCGGCUGGCCCGGCUUCCUCGGCGCCGCUGGCGUCGGCUUGUGCGGUUCCCGCCGCCGCCGCCACUACUGUUGCUGCUGCUGCUGCUGCUGGCGGCUGUAGGGCCGGCACACGGCUGGGAGAGUGGAGACCUGGAGUUAUUUGACUUGGUGGAGGAGGUGCAGCUCAACUUCUACCAGUUCCUCGGAGUGGAGCAGGAUGCUUCAUCUGCAGACAUUAGAAAAGCAUAUCGUAAGCUUUCACUGACUUUGCAUCCAGACAAGAAUAAAGAUGAAAAUGCAGAAACUCAGUUUAGACAAUUGGUGGCCAUUUAUGAAGUUUUGAAGGAUGAUGAACGAAGGCAGAGGUAUGAUGAUAUUCUGAUCAAUGGACUUCCAGAUUGGCGACAGCCUGUAUUCUACUACAGGCGGGUGAGAAAAAUGAGCAAUGCUGAGCUGGCUUUACUUCUGUUCAUUAUUCUCACAGUGGGUCAUUACGCUGUGGUUUGGUCAAUCUACCUGGAAAAACAACUGGAUGAACUGCUUAGUAGAAAAAAGAGAGAAAAGAAAAAAAAGACAGGCGGCAAGAGUGUGGAUGUGUCAAAACUUGGUGCCUCCGAAAAAAAUGAAAGAUUGGUGAUGAAACCACAGUGGCAUGAUUUGCUUCCAUGCAAGCUGGGAAUUUGGUUUUGCCUUACACUAAAAGCAUUGCCUCAUCUAAUCCAGGAUGCCGGGGAGUUUUAUGCUAAAUAUAAAGAAACAAGAUUGAAGAGAAAGGAAGAUGCAUUGAGUCGGGCUGAACUUGAAACACUUCAAAAACAGAAGAAAGUUAAAGUAAAAAAACCAAAACCUGAAUUUCCUGUAUAUACGCCUUUAGAAAGUGCAUAUAUUCAAUCUUAUGAUCAUGGAACUUCUAUAGAAGAAAUUGAGGAACAAAUGGAUGAUUGGCUGGGAAACAGAAACAAAACACAGAAAAAACAGGCACCUGAAUGGACAGAAGAGGACCUCAGCCAGCUGACAAGAAGUAUGGUUAAGUUCCCAGGAGGGACCCCAGGUCGAUGGGAAAAGAUUGCCCACGAAUUGGGUCGAUCGGUGACAGAUGUGACAACCAAAGCCAAGCAACUGAAGGAUUCAGUUACCUGCUCCCCAGGAAUGGUCAGACUCUCCGAACUCAAGUCAACAGCCCAGAAUCUCCGGCCCACCAGGGCCGCCACGGCCUUGCCAGAUGACAUCAUCACCCAGCGAGAAGAUGCACGGCAGGCCGGGGAGGAAGACAAGGAGGACGAGCAGGAGGAGGAAGAUGACUACGAGCAGGAGGCAGUGCUUCCGGAAAGCCGGCCACGGAGGCGGAGGCCGGCCAGGCCGCCUGAGGCGGCAACAAGGGUGGAGCCCGAGGAGAAGUUCAGAGGAAAGAGGCAGAAGGACUUCGAUAUUUCCGAACAAAACGAAUCCAGUGAUGAGGAGAGCCAGAAGAAAGAGAGAACUCGUGCUGCCGAGGAGCCAUGGACUCAGAGUCAACAGAAGCUUCUGGAAUUAGCAUUACAGCAGUACCCAAAGGGAUCUUCGGACCGCUGGGACAAAAUAGCCAAAUGUGUCCCGUCUAAGAGUAAGGAAGACUGUAUCGCUAGAUACAAGUUGCUGGUUGAACUGGUCCAAAAGAAAAAACAAGCUAAAAGCUGAAUAUUCUGGAAGAUGAUGUUCACCUUCAUUUUCCAAAACGAUUAUUUUAAAAGUCUUAUGCAGAAAUUUGCAUUUUGUACCUCAACCUUUCUAUAUGUCAUGUGCCUUAGUAAAAAAAAAAAAAAAAAAAAAAAA